CAAAGCGAUUUGUGCUUCACAUUUAUUCAGGUCCUCCAGCAACUGCUGGGAAACGGCGCUUACCUGACUGUAAAAUAUGGAGGCUUUAUAGUGGAGGAACACAACUACGGAGGCUGGAUACUUUUCACGCCACUCCUUUUCAGCUCUGGACUCCGGGACAGGCCUUGUUUUUGCGCUGGAUGUUGAGCGAGUUCAGGAGGGAUCCCAGCAGAUAUCCCCUGGUGAUUUGUAUGUAAGAAAUGGCGACUGCUCUCAGUAACCGAAACCCUGGUGGACGUGGACCGAAUAGAAGCAAGGGGCGAAUUUUAGGCAUCAUCGAUGCCAUCCAGGAUGCAGUGGGCCCACCCAAACAAAUAGUUGCUGACCGGAGGACUGUGGAGAAAACUUGGAAGCUUAUGGAUAAAGUUGUCCGGCUUUGCCAAAAUCCCAGACUCCAACUGAAGAACAGUCCACCGUACAUCCUGGAUAUUUUACCUGAUGCCUACCAACACCUGAGGCUUAUAUUGGGCAAAUAUGAAGAGAACCAGAGAAUCACACAGCUUAGUGAGAAUGAUUACUUUAAAAUAUACAUCGAUAGCCUGAUGAAGAAGUCCAAACGCGCUGUGCGGCUCUUCAAAGAAGGAAAAGAGAGGAUGUACGAGGAGCAGUCACAGGACAGGAGGAACCUGACAAAGCUGUCUCUGAUCUUCAGUCACAUGCUGGCAGAAAUCAAAGUCAUCUUCCCCGGAGGACAGUUCCAGGGAGACACUUUCAGAAUCACCAAAGCCGAUGCUGCUGACUUCUGGAGGAGAUUUUUUGGUGAAAAGACAAUAGUGCCGUGGAAAGUCUUCCGCCAGUGCCUUCACGAGGUGCAUCCCAUCAGCUCGGGUCUGGAGGCUAUGGCCCUCAAAUCCACCAUUGACCUCACCUGCAAUGACUACAUUUCUGUGUUUGAGUUUGACAUUUUCACACGUCUCUUUCAGCCAUGGGGGACAAUUUUGAGGAACUGGAAUUUCCUGGCGGUGACACACCCCGGCUAUAUGGCCUUUCUUACUUACGAUGAAGUCAAAGCUCGACUGCACAAGUACAUCAACAAGCCCGGCAGUUACAUCUUUAGACUGAGUUGUACGCGCUUGGGCCAGUGGGCCAUUGGCUACGUGACCAAUGAUGGAAACAUACUGCAGACCAUUCCCAACAACAAACCGCUGUUCCAGGCCCUCAUCGAUGGCUACAAGGAGGGCUUCUACUUGUUCCCUGAUGGCCGCAGUUAUAACCCUGACCUCACUGGUUUAUGUGAGCCGACGCCUCACGAUCACAUCAAAGUCACCCAGGAGCAGUAUGAGCUGUACUGUGAAAUGGGCUCUACUUUUCAGCUUUGUAAGAUCUGUGCUGAGAAUGACAAGGACAUCAAGAUUGAACCAUGUGGUCACCUCAUGUGUACCUCCUGUCUUACUGCCUGGCAGGAAUCAGAUGGCCAAGGCUGCCCCUUUUGUCGCUGUGAGAUCAAAGGCACAGAGCCCAUCAUUGUGGAUCCUUUUGACCCACGAAAUGAGGGCACCAAGUGCUUCUUCCUCGACCAACAAAACUGCCCCUUGCUGGACCUGGAUGAUGAUGAAGACCGAGAAGACUCCCUGGUCAUGAAUGGACUGGCCAGCAUCAGGAGGCAUUGUGGUGAGCGCCAGCACUCGCCCAUGGUGUCUCCCAGUUCUUCACCUGUCAGCCAACACAGGAAAGCCCACGGAGGAAACGCCAGCCACUGUGUCCAGCACCUGAGCCUCCCACCUGUCCCACCACGACGUGACCUUAUCAACAAAGGUGCCAUUCGCUCCCCAUCUGCCAGCCCCACCUGCUCCCCAAAGUCUUCACCAGGCAUGUCCAGAAAGCAAGAGAAACCUCUCCCAGCACCACCUCCUCCACAGAGGGACCCACCACCUCCUCCUCCUCCUGAGCGCCCUCCUCCUGUCUCCCCAGAAUCACACCUCUCUUGGCUCCACUGUUCCUCGUCCUCUUCUUCUACAGGCAUACUGUCAGAAUCCCAAAGUCCCCCUGAGACUUGGUGCACCAAAGAUAGCCAUUUGACAGAUGCACAGAAGACUGGGGGGGAACACCAGCUCCAGCUGGGACCCCCUGAGCCUUGUCACCUAAACGGAAGACCACUUAGUUGUCCAUCUGGGGAAUUGGGGAGGUUACAUCACAGAUCAGAGGUGGCAGGAAAUUCAGAGAGCUCCAAGCCCUUCUUUAAUGGUGAGCAAGUCAGUGAUGAGUAUGACAUCCUUCCCUCACGGCACUCACCAACCCAGCCCAAACUUGGUAGUAGCCACAAAUCCUGCAACCCUUUUAGCAGCCCUGUGGUAGAACAACAGUGGGGAGCAAUGGAGAGACUUGAGGACAACUAUCAGAUUCCUUCAUCCAACCUGUGCCUGAGCCAAACUCCUGUCUGCAUCUCUGUACCAAGCAGGAACUUGGAAAAUAGCCCUCCAGAGCUGUUCUUUGAGGAGAAGCCGCCCAAGUCCCUUGAGCCUGGUGGAUCUUCAGAAGUCAUCAGGGGGUUGGCCUCGGGGACAGCACAUACUGGCCUCUGCCCUGUCAACACCAAAAAGACACCGUCUGACUAUGACAUUCUGCUUCCCCAACCAGCAUUGGAAGACACCUCCAACAGCCGCCCUCCGUUCCAGCCUCCUCCGCCUCCGCCUGCGCGACACAGCUUCAUUGACAUGUCUUCAUCUUCAUCCUCCUCAUCCUGUAACUCUUCUACGUCAUCCACCUCUGUUAUCACUCGACCACACAGGCCCUCCUCUGGACACGAGCACUUCCUGAUAACCACAGACUCAGUGUUUGGUAUGCUGAACAGUUCUGCUCCUCUGCCUGCAGCCAAACGGCACACUGACAAUGUGAAAAGCUCCAGAGGUGGCCUGGAGUACGACCACUUACCACACAGUCAAGUAUCAGUGGACUGUUUGCAGGCCCCCGCCAGGCCACCCAAGCCAUAUCCCAGGAAGAUCCCUCCAGAAAUACAGCCAGAAAAACCCCACAGCCUGGAGUCAGAGAGCGAAGAUGCAAAGAUAGCCAAGCUGAUGGGCGAGGGUUACACCUUUGAUGACGUGAAGCGUGCACUGAUGAUUGCUCAGUACAAAGUGGAUGUAGCCAGAAACAUCCUUCAAGAGUUUGCCUUAGUGACCCCCAGACUCAACCUCUAGUCCUAGGAGACAGUGAGAGGGGAGUACAGCAAUGAAGCUGUGCCUCUGCAAAGGGCUUCUUUAAUCUGUUCGGUCUCAGACUGUUGGUGAAAAAAACUGUGCUGAAAGGAAACAAAUAUUUCCAGGGAGACUUGCUUUUUGUUACCAAACAGAGAUGACAACAUUCAACAAAGUGGCUAAAACCAAAUCGUGACAGAAAAUAUAGAAUCAAAGUGGGGAAAACCGUGUCUUCAAAUGAUUUAACCUGUGAAAAAUGAAGAGGCUUCUUGUUGUUUACAGCGAGCUUUGCCAGUGCUGGCCUCUGGUUUUCAUGCUCCUGUGUGCCCGGGCGUUUGGACAAUAUGUCUGUUUUAAAGUCCAGAUCCUGAUGCUGCUGCUACUGUUCCUUUCACAUCCUGCCACCAUCCACAGUUUAAAGGGCCUUUCAAAACAGCAAGAUAAUUUCAGCUCAUUUCAGCUUACUGCAUGGCUCAUUUUUAUAACCAGUGGGGGGCGCCAGUUUCCACAAUUUUUCCUCUCUUUAGUGCCUUCUGUUUCACCCACUCCCUCCUCUUUCUCCCUGUAUCUGUUAUUCAUCAGAGAAUACUCUGUUUGUCCAGAGUCUGACUUAUGGAUGGAUGGAUGGAGUCUGACUUAUGCCACAUUAAUUCACUUGUUUCCCUGAGAAAUUGUACCACAACUAGAAAAGCACUCUUAUUAAACUCUGUACUUUAUUUGGACAAGAAAAAUGAAGCAGUAGAAGCAUGGGAGAGAUAAUUUUUGCUCUUUGUUUCUAACCCUGCAUUAAUAAUAAUAAUAAUAAUAAUAAUAAUAUUGCUUUCUUCAUCUGUGGGCAGUGAGCCUAAGAAUGUAUUUGUUUUGCAUAUGUGAGCUAUACCUUUUUACACUCUCUCAAGCCCAGUUUUGUCUUUAAAUAAUGAUGUGGUGGGGAAUGUUUAAUGUUAGUAGAUAAUGUUUCAUUUCUCUGUGUAAAGCGGUAUUUCGGUUUAAGCCUUUAAGUGACAGGAGCAGGUCUGCAGUGUUGAUCCACAAAACCGACAUAUCUGUUAGAGCUCAGAGGUGACACACUCUGCAGCCAUCACACCGCAGCCUCCUGUCUCCAGUUCAAUUCCAAUCCCACCCACAUAUUAUGUGGAAUAUUAUGUGGAAUAUUAUGUGGAAUAUUAUGUGGAAUGGUUUGUGUUCUCUCAAGUCUCUCUCUCAAAAUCUCAGCCUGAUUUUGAGAGAGAGACUUGAUAACUCUGCCAUUUUUCCUUAUGUGUACAUAAAAUGCUGCACAGCAUUCAGAACUCAAGACAAGUCAUGUGCACCAUCACUGUGAAAGAAAAACCUUAUUCCACAGUAUGGCAUCAACUGUAUUUUUCUCCUGACUGUAAGAUGUCUCAUGUGUGCGCAGUCUUAUUUUUCCCUUUGGAGUCAUGUGAAAGCUGUUGAUCUGUGCCAGCAGUUUGCCAUAAGACAGGAGCUAGCUUCCAUGGAUGGUAAAACAUAGCAAAUAUUCCUAUAGCAACCACAGAGAAGCGACAAAUUAAAGGGAAAAGAGCAUAAAGAAACUUUCUAAGGUGUUGACGUACCACGUUCUGCCAGAACAGCUUCAGUGCUUCCAGACAUUUAUCCUUGAGUCCCUGAAACUCUCCUAGAGGGGUAAAUCUAGCCUUACAAUUUGAUAUCCCUCUUUUGGUGAGAGCUAAGUGUGAGAGAAGAUACACAACAUUGACAGUUAAAUAUUAGGUGCAUCAAGUGAUGUCCCACAGCAGCCUGAAGCUACAGCAGGGUUCAGGGUUGAUUUGUCAAAAAGGAAAGUUUUAAGUCUAAUCUUAAAAGAGGCUGUCGGUCUCCUGAAUCCAAACUGGGAGCUGGUUCCAGAGGGAUGGUGAAGGCUCUGCCACCCACUCUGUUGGCGGCUUCAUUUGUCUUGGCACAUGAAGGGUUGCUGGUUUAAUUCUAGCUACAGACACAAAUCCCCUUUGGGUGAUCAGUCAGUUAGGGUAUCUGGUGUAAAACUUUGCCAAAACAAACGUGUGGCGCUGCCUGUUGUAGUGACACCUCGUGAUAAGAGAGCAGCUGAAAUGAGCUUUUACUGAGUACAGUUUUGUAUUGUCUGCAGUGAGCCUUUCCUCCAAGAGGAGGCAAACCCUGCCAGAAAAAUACCCCACAUAGAACCAGAAUUACUGCAGGACUCAGCUUUGGUCCUUUAAUCUGUCAAAAGUCUGGAAUUUCCACCUGAUACUUUGUUACCAAAGUAACUGUUGAGGUGAGCUAACAGGGGACACAGCAGCAGGAACGAGCGCUCUCAGAUGUGACACAUUGUAAACAGUGAGCUUAACCAGCUGUUUUAAUGCCAAUUUUGAUAUUUUUCUGUAACUGUUUGUCAAACCUGGAGAUUUGUUGAAAUCAUUUCUUUUCAUAUGAACACUUUUCUGUCUUUUGUUUCUGAAUUUACAAAAUCAGUAUUAUUUGAGACCAAACUACAAAAACAAACAAAAAAAAGAUUUUUUUUAACUUGCCUUAUAAAAAUGGUGUUUUAUCUACAAUUUAAAUUUAAACUGUGAUGAUUUCUUGGUCAAGUUUACUUCUGCAACAGCCACAAACAACACGCCUCUGAGCUGGUUAUAGUCAGAUUAAACUGGGGAAGACACACACACACAGUGAAGCACACAUCAUUGACCGAUUUUCACCUCCACAUUCCAAUUUUUCUGACACCAUUAUUAGGCUAUCAGAAUCAUUUGAGGUGAUGAAUGAUAUAUUUAAGCUUUAAGCUCUCAGUUGAUUCAGGCCCACUGAUUGAGGCUCCUCCCUCCCUCAACUUUCAUAAUACAACAGGAUCCAUACAGUUCUAAUAAUACAGCACACUGGCCUUUUUUUGUUUAUGUUUUUAAGUGAUCCACAUGUAUUUAUAACAUGCAUGUGAUUCCAAAUACAUUCUUUACUUGAGUGUUCAGUUCAUGUUUUAGAAUAACAUCCUUCUCAUGCUUAAAAGGCUUCUUCUAAUUAGUAUCUGAUAUAUGAGGUUAUCAUGAUCAACCAUGAUCAAGUUAAACCAGGUUAACAAAUGGUUAACAAAUGGUUAGUUCAAUUGCGAGAGGAGAAUAACACUCUGUGAUGGAAACAAUACAGUCAGUGUUCUUGAAGACAGGCAUCAAAUAUGUACCUUUUAUUUUAUUUAUUAUUUAUAUCUAUCUGGUCACUGUAACACACGGUCCCCCAACCUCACCCAUAAAGAGGAUAUAUUCACCCCCUUUUUUCCAUUUUCAAGCGGCACUUUAAAGGGGAAGACCACUUUUGGUUAAAAUGUUAAUUUUUGUUUAUGAUAUGUUUAUAUUUAUUUAGUGAUUGAGUCCACAGAGGUAGAUAUUGAGCAUGUGCAAGGAGGAAGUCUGAGCCCCAAAUCUCUAAUCUCAUUGUCAUUCACAAUGCAGCCUACAGUGACUCACCAAACACUUUUACUCUGCACAGCACAAACAUUAAAGUGUGCAAACUAAAAUAAUUAAACAAACAUAAAUGGUUACUGCUCAGUCAUCAGCUCAGCAGCUUUUUUUUCUUCCCCAACAACAGGGGACAGAAAUUCUGGCCUGACUGCUGUGACAGUGCUUUUUAUACUGAACCUGCAUGUGACCUCUGACCUUAUGCCCCCUCUUUCCCUCUCACAGAUAAGAGCACAGUUAAUGUGACAAAGUUUACAAACAUCUAGAACCUCCACACAGAAAGUCCAAAUUCUGAUGUCAUUCAGUGGCACUCCCCUUUAACUGAGGCUUCACUUUUGCACUGGUUCUUUUGUACUUUCAUCUUCUCGAACUUGAAGGACUCUCAGCUCAGUUUUGUCCAUUCUGUUGGACUAACAACAGGAUGGGAGUAAGUGGCCUUCGGUUGGAAAAGACAGUUUUCAUUUUCUGAUUUAGUUUUCAUAUUAAUGUGCUCCAGUUCCAUUUUUGCUCCAGACAAAAAAAAAAAAGACAAUAUGUGAUGCAUAGAGCAAUGUGCAGUUAAUUUAUAUAUUCAUGUUUUUUCUUGAUA